CACAAGUGUCCCCUGAUACGCCAUCGUUUAGUGGGUUAUCUGAAGAUAGAUAGAAAAGGAGGUUUAUCCUGUCAUUUGCUUAAACCCUAAACCCUUUUAGAUUGGGUAUUCAUCUCUUAUCCGCCGUUUACUUUCCGAUGAUUCUCUCACGCUCUGUCUCUGUUCUUCAUUCCUGUAGAAUUUCCUCGGCGCCGAAACUCAUAUCCCACAAGCUUAAGGUAUCCUUCCCUCUCGCUUAUGGUUCUUCCGCGUUGAUCUCUCUCAAUCGAUCUGAAGUGAAAUGGGUUCGUGUGUUCGCGUCUGCUACUGAGACUGAGACUGAAGUAGAGAGAAAAGGAAACGACACGUUUUUCGCGGACCAAGCCGUUUCUUGGAAGUCUCUUGGGUUGUCGGAUAAGGUCUCAGUGGCUCUUCGAGAUUCUGGGUUCGGAAGACCCUCUCUUACUCAGGCGGUUUGCAUUCCAUCGAUAUUGUCCGGGAAAGAUGUGGUUGUUGCAGCAGAAACAGGCAGUGGCAAAACACAUGGAUAUCUUGCUCCAAUUAUCCACCAGUUAACCAACACCAACACCCCUCUUGAUUCCGAGGGAGAAGAAAGGCGGGUGCCACUUAAGACCAUUUCUCUUGUUCUCUGCCCUAACGUCAUGCUAUGUGAACAAGUUGUUCGGAUGGUUAAUGGUCUUCUUGGAGAGGACGGUCAUCCUCUUCUCAGAGUUGAAGCUGUUUGUGGCUCACAGGGUUGGCCUGAUAAACAGCCUGAUAUUAUUGUUUCGACCCCUGCUGCUCUUUUGAAUAACAUUGAGCCUAAAAGAAACAGGCGUGUGGAGUUUCUUCGAUCUGUCAAAUAUGUGGUGUUUGAUGAAGCUGAUAUGCUUCUCUGCGGAAGCUUCCAGAAUCAGAUUAUCCGUCUCAUAAACAUGCUGCGUUUUGAUGAGAAACAAGUGUCUCGUUUGGCUACUUCCAAAUUUGGAAAACCAUUGGAGAUUGAUGCAGAAUCUUCAGCACAAUUUGAUUUAGAGAAUGAGGAUGAUGCAGAUUUUGAAGAAGACGGGUCUAUCUCUGAUGAAGAGGAGGAAGAGUAUCUUGAAGAUACCACCCAAAUCCCUACCGUUGAAAAUGGAGCUGGUGCUGAUAUUAGAAAGGGUUGGAGAAGAGUGAGAAAGAUCUAUACCCGUAGCAAGCAGUAUAUUUUCAUUGCAGCCACACUUCCGGUUAACGGGAAGAAAACUGCAGGAGGACUUUUGAAACAUAUGUUCCAAGAUGCUGUCUGGGUUAGCGGAAACUUUCUUCACCGAAACAGUCCUAGACUAAAGCAGAAAUGGGUUGAAGUCACAGUCGACACACAAGUUGAUGCUCUCAUAGAGGCUGUAAACAACAGUAGCACAGACAGGACGAUGGUGUUUGCAAAUACAGUUGAGGCGGUUGAAGCAGUAGCCGACAUAUUGGAGAAAGCUAGUAUCCAGUGCUAUCGUUAUCAUAAGAACCAUACACUUGAAGAGCGUGCUAAUAUAUUAGCUGAUUUCAGAGAAAACGGUGGUGUCUUUGUCUGUACUGACGCAGCUGCACGUGGAGUUGAUGUUCCUAACGUCUCGCACGUUAUUCAGGCGGAUUUUUCUAGUUCUGCGGUGGAUUUUCUUCACAGGAUAGGUCGAACAGCUAGAGCUGGGCAAUACGGAACGGUGACGAGUCUAUACACUGAGGCUAACCGUGAUUUAGUGGAAGCAAUCCGUGAAGCAGUGAAGACGGGUCAGCCAGUGGAAACUGCAUUUAGCAGGAAAAGAGGUUUCAGGAACAAGCUAAAGAAGAGAGCUUUCUUGAAAGCCGGAGAAGCAAAGGAGUCUCAAGCUGUGCGAGCUUAAGUAGUAUUAUGUUGUUGUGUUUUUCUUUGUUGUAUAUAAAACUACCGCAAAAUCAGUUUAGAACUUCUGUCACUUUGUUGUUUCAAUAAAAAGAGAGAAUAUGAUCCUUUUUUUUUAAGUUUCA